UAUAGGAAUGGCUUUGCCUGUGUGUGCCUCUGCAGAAAUCGGGAGGUCACCGUCCACAUCAUCCACCGGCUCAGCUUCACAUAGUGAGGGUAAGCUACGAAUGGUAAGCAUUUUUGGUGGCGAAACUAUUUGCUUCGACUGGAAACCUGAUGAGCCACAAAAGAAUUCGGAACUUGUGUCAAUAUUGUUUGAAGUCAUCGGACUUUGCAUAAAACGCCUUCCUUGUGCUCUGCCUACCAUUUUUGCUCAUUUGGACAAUGGCGCAUCCACUUUCAAUAACGUGGACAAAACAAAUCUUGAGGAAGUAAGAAGUGUCAUAGAUGACUUCAAUAAAGUGGCAGCUCCAUAUGCUAAGCUUUGGAAAGGACAAACCAAUCCGGCUUUUGAAUCAUGGAGUCAAGACAGAGCUGAUGUAGAGUUACUGACAAUAAUUUGCAGUCUUUCCUUCAGUCGUGCUGUUUCAAAUCCGCAAUUGCUCAACAACCAUUAUGCCCCAUUUAGUAGUGGAGUUUAUGGCGAAACAUCGUAUGAACAGAUGCAGUCAAUCAUUGACCAAAUAGGAUUUCGCGAAUCGGACGUCUUUCUUGAUCUAGGUUGUGGAGUAGGGCAGCUAGUGAUGUAUGUGGCUGGAGGAACUCGGGUGAAACGGGCUGUUGGAAUUGAAAUCAAUGAUCUGCCUGCUAAGUAUGGAGCGGCAAUGGGCGAAGAUUUUUCCAAGUGGAUGAAGUGGUGGAAAAAGAAAUGUCGACCGUUCCAGUUACUUCACGGUGAUAUGUUAGAUGAGCAAUACAGGAGCAUGAUCACACAGGAAGCUACGAUCAUCUUCAUCAAUAAUUACGCAUUCGAGCCGGAAUUGGACCUUCAUAUAAAGAAUAUGCUAGCUGAUUGUCAUGUAGGGACUCGAAUUAUUUCAACGAAGGCCUAUGCGACUGGAACAAAAAGAGUGAAUAUGCGUAAUCUAGGAGAUGUUGAAGCGAUAAUGGAAGUCACCCAGCUGAAAACGGUAAAGCAACCAACGUCUUGGACUCCCAACGAUGUACCCUACUAUAUGCACACGGUUACGCACAGCAAGAUGAUGAAUUUCUUCAGUCAGCGUAAAAAUGGCGGAGGUGAGCUGUCACGCUCAGUUUCUGCAUCAAGUAAAUCAGGGUCUAGAUCGCCGGACAGUUUGGAUCGACAUCGUGUACCGAAAGGAGGCGAGGUGCCGAAAUCGGAGGAAAUGGAGACUGGAGGAGAAGGAGAAGGCAAAGCACAUGGGCCUACAACUCGCAACCGAUGGAAGGUCUAUGUUAACCAGUGCGAAGAGAAAAAGAAAAGAGGAUCUCCGAUGCCUGGCAGUCCUCGUUGGAACGACGCUGAUACGGAUUAUGUACCACCUGGCAUGAAAAAGUCACGCAAAUCACAUCAUGGGAGUGGUUUGCAUCAAAAAGGCGAUAGUUCCAGAAAAUCUGCGGUUCGUUCUAGGCCUGCCAGUCAUGUAUCGGAGGACGCACGUGAGGGAAUUGAGAAAAUGCAUGCUAUGAUAUCUGCGCCGAGCCCCAUGGACUCCAUUAUUGACGAAGGCUUGGUCCGUGUUGAACUACCCGAGAAGAGCGAAAAGCUUUACAGUGAAGGCGAGGUGCUCAACAAUGGAAAGUCUAUUGUUCGUGUCAUUGAUAGAGAGAAUGAGAGAGUUCUCUCUAUCGCCAACCCUUUGGAAGCUCUGUUCUUGAAUUUUAUGAAUGAGUACAUGCAGUUCAUAGAAUAUAUGAGAACCGAUAAUUUUAUCGCAUCUCUGGAGAAAGACAUUGCUUUUGAGAAGGCUCGUAAUGCGGAACUACAAGAAAGAGUUCGCCAAGCGAAUGCGGCAGUGGCCGCUCAGAGGUCUCAGGGUGUUAAUGCUCUAUAUGAAAGAUUGAAUGAUCUGGGGAUGAGUGAUGUGGAAACACCCACGGAAUUGCUACAAGGAUCUAAACAGAUUGUUGCGCAUCAUAAGGAUUUAAAUCAGCGCGUUUCUUGCUACGAAACAGAAGUUGCGAUGCUCGAGGGUAAGAUACGUGCGGUGCGUCCCUUUGGUGACAAACUUAUUGAGGCUCUACACUCUGUGGGAGAUAAUCCUGUCAAUAUCGAGGAGCUUCUCCAAAACGUGCUUCAACAGACCGGGAACGAAGCUUCCUCCCUGCGAUUAGAAUCUGAAAAUGAAUCGGGAGAAGGUUUGCUCAUGUCGCCUGGUGGCGGUCAGUCCAACGCCAGCGUAAGCCACACAAGCACUGCGACUCGAAGACCUCGUCAGCGUCCUCGUGCCGGACCAAAUGCGAGGGGGAAAGGUAAACCUGAAGAAAACUCGGAAGAAAUGCAGAGGCAGAUUAAUGAAAUUGUGCAGGCGGCUUUAAAAGUGGAUAACGCUGCAAAGGAAAAGGAGCGACGUUGUCGAGGAAGUGAGAGGCCGGCUCGCAGGUCUGGUGCCAGUAGCAAUAGCACUGAUGGGGUUGCUCCUCUACAGCGUUCUGCUCCAUUCUCCAUAACUUCACGACGUGAAGACAUCGAGAUAGACAAUGUAUAUAGUACGGUGACCCAUACUUCUCAAACUGGGCUCGGUACCACUGCUCCUUCUGUUGGAAAUACAUAG